AUGUUGCACUACUUGUGUGUACCGACAGGGGGCGCGUCUCCCCUUGCUGCCGCCGCUCUGCGCUCUGUCAGACGCGAGCUUCUCCUCUGUGUUCACUUCUAUGAUGCGGCUUUCUUCCCCUGCUCUGCUUCUCCACAAGCCAAUGGACAACUACCAUGGAUAACCCACCAGUCUCGCUCCCAUCACCUGCUCUUUCGUCUCAUCUCCGCGCCUCUCUCCCCAAGACAGACGCGUCUCCCUGCUCACUACUGA